AUGAAGAGUGUGGAAGAAUGGAGAUGGAGAGAAAGGGAGGGCGGUGAGAAGGAUAGAGGUCUAGGGGAUGCCGGGACGAAGGCAAGGUAUUUGGUAGAUUUGAUACACGUGCAGUCAAUGAAUCUUGGAGAUGCGAGAUGGUUAUGGUAA